AGGCAAUAUUCAAACAAUCAAGUUAUUAGUUUUGCAUAAGUUGCAGAGUGUUGGCCAACUGUACAACAAAUAAAUUCCCAUAAAUCAUCAACAAAUUGUGCCACAUUUGACGUUUACUUGAAAAUAGAAAGCCGUGCAUUUUUGAAUGAAAAUAUUAAUGUAGCUUGUGUUGAGUACUAGUUUAUAGUGUGUUCGCAAUGGAUUCCAAACAAGCAAUACAUGUGAUGACCCUAGCAAACAGUAUAAUUGGUGUUAGCAUACUUGCAAUGCCAUACUGUUUCAAACAGUGUGGCAUCAUCUUAUCAAUACUUUUAUUGAUUGUUAGCAGUAUUAUAUCAAGAUUGGCAUGCCAUUUCCUACUUAAAUCUGCAAUUAAGGCAAGACUGAGGACAUUUGAAAAUUUGGCAUUCCAUGUGUUUGGCACUUUUGGAAAACUGUUUGUGGAGAUUGGGUUGAUUGGUUUCCUUCUAGGGACAUGCAUUGCCUUUUUUGUAGUCAUGGGUGAUUUGGGACCACAAAUUAUUGCUCAUAUGACCAAUACACCAUCCUCAAACACUUUGAGAACUAGUAUUCUUUUUGUACUGGCUGCAUUUUGUGUAUUACCUUUAGGAUUAUUAAGGAAUGUUAGCAGUUUGAGCACAGUAAGCACAGCUACUGUUGGCUUUUAUGCCUGCUUAGUUCUAAAAGUGAUGUGGGAAUCAGCACCUCAUAUAUUACAAGGAGAUUGGUAUGAUAAAGUGGUUUACUGGAGGCCAGCUGGCAUUUUACAAUGCAUUCCAAUAUUUUCAAUGGCUCUAUUUUGUCAAACGCAAUUGUUUGAGAUUUAUCAGGCAAUUCCAAAUGCUUCUCAGGAGAAGAUGAAUGGAGUUGUAAGAUUAGCAGUGAACAUUUGCACUAUUGUUUAUAUAUUUGUUGGAGUUUUUGGAUACAUUGCUUUAUCCCAUGAGCCUACCUUCAGUGGGAAUAUAUUGCUAAACUUCGAACCGUCCAUAAUCACGGAAUUGAUGAAAAUGGGUUUUGUCUUAUCUGUGGCAUUCAGUUUCCCACUGGUAAUUUUCCCUUGCAGGGCUAGUUUAUUUUCAUUGCUAUACAAGCCAAUGUACUCGUCAAUGCACGAUACGCCAAUAACAUAUAUACCGGAGAAUAAAUUUAGAUUAUUAACAGUAUUGAUUAUACUGAUCUCUUUAACAAUUGGUAUUAUGAUUCCAAACAUCGAAUUGGUUCUUGGUUUAGUAGGUUCCACGAUUGGUGUAAUUGUAUGCGUUAUCUUCCCGGCGUGCUGUUUCAUAUGCAUCACAGUUAAAAAUACCAAUGAAAGGUUGUUGGCUCAAGCCAUGCUCUGUAUUGGCAUAGUGGUUAUGGUUCUUGGAACAUAUGCUAAUCUGUACGCAAUUGAAGAAGUUCAUGUUGAGAAGGCAUUAGUAAUGAAAGAAAUUGAAAAUCCUAUUAGAGAGGAUAUAAUCAUUACUACACGGAAGGCUAUCGAGAUGAAUAAACUUGAAAAGGAAAUAGAAAAAAUCGAAGAGAAGAUUCUUGAAGAACGUAAAGAAAUACGUCAUGAGCCGCCGCAACCUGAAGAACCUCAAGAUGAUUCACCACCACAAAUUAAGGAGAAAGUGGAGACAAUAGAUUUGCUACCCGAAGUUCAAAAAGUCAACGUUACAGAAAAAGCAGUCGUCAAAAAAGAAGUUGAGACUAAGGCGCCUGAAGAGAUUAAACUGGACAUAGAAGCAAUUAAGAAGGAAGAAAAAGAACUAUUGGAUUCAAAGAAGGAAGACAAGUCACCCAAGUUAGAGAAAAUGUACGAAGAAGAGAAAAAGAAAGUCGAAGAAAAGGAUAAAAUAAUUACAGAAUUGCUUCAUAAAAAUGAAGAAGACAAAGUUAAAGCAAUCGAGACCAUAGCGAAAUUAGCUAUUGAAAAGAUUGUCGAGGUUCAAGCUGAAGAUAAACCUAUUCAGCAAAUGAUUGCGAAAAAUCCGGAAUCUUAUAACAUUGGCAAGCAAAUAUCAGAGCAGGAUUCGCAAAAGUUGAAGAACUUGGGUCCACUUCCGAUCGCGUUGAGCAAGAAUGUUAAACCUACAGUUGUUGAGAAUAAGCCUGUGAGCAUAUUACAAGUUUUGGACGUACCAAAGAUUAAAACCGAAACCAAACAAAACCCAAGCGAAAUCGUCAAUGACGCCGAGGAAAAAAUCGCAAAUAUAGAAAAGACUGAUGUUAAAGUUGAAGAAACAGUUAAAAAGGAAGUAAUUAAAGAAACAGUCGUGGAGAACAAAGAAGAGAAAGAUAUGAGAAGGGACAUUCUGUCUAAAGAUUACGAUAGGAACAAGAGGGAUGUUGGCGAUGAACAGUGCGACGACAACGGCAAAAAUAGAUCGAAUUCAGGGCAAAACAUCGAUUUAGAAGCAAUGGAUAUUGCCAAAGCGGAUGACACGGUUUCGUUGACUAGAGAUUUGAAAAGCAUUCCCAAUAGAGACGGAAAAUAGGCGCUCCACUUUACACGAUUACAAAUCUCAACUGCCUGUGAUCUCCUGAUUUUUUUUUGAUAAAUGUAUAUACUGUAU